CGCGCCGGGGAGCGGGGACCAAGAGCGGAGCUGCCCCAGCGGGGCGGCUGCGGGGAGGGAGGUGCCGGGCUGCCGGUUGUGCCUGAACCGGAGCAUCCCGAGCCGGAGCGUCCCGAGCCGCAGCAUCCCGAGCCUGAGCAUCCCGGCGGCGUCGGUCGUCUGCUUUUCGAGGGAGGUCAAGGCUGCGGGUGUGGGGUGUUUUCUUCCUCCCCUGCCCCUCGGCCGGUGCGCGUUGUUGGUGCUCUCGGUGCGAGGCGGCCGAGCCGCCCGGUGGCCGAGCGCUGCUGCUCGCUGUUCCCGGCGCCGGGGCCGCUCGCUCCCGCUGUCCGGCGCCGAGCCGAGCCGCGCCAGCUGAGGCGGGUCCCGCCGCGUCCCCGGAGGCUUUGGGAAGCUGCUGAGCGGCCUGGAACAGCUCCCGCCGUGCCUCGUCCGUGGUGCUGCUCCGAGGGAGCAUCCUCAGCGGUUUGCCCGUCCUGUGCUGUAAUACCAAGGGCAUUUGAUUUUCACAAGCGUUUAAGCGAGAGGCAGGAAGCAACGGAUGCAAGAUUCCUCCUUGCACCCCAUCUACACAGAAGCAGAAGAGGAAUUAUCUCAAUGACAGAGUACAUUCAGAAGAUGCUGAAAAAUCUGAUGUUUCUGAUAGGUCUGAGACUUGGAAUCUAAAUACUAAAAAGGGCUUUUCUCAGCAUGCAGUUGCUUUAGAUUUGGGCGUGAUCACCAGCCACAUCCUCCGCAUUGGACAUUCAGCUUCUAUUUCCAAACCUUCUUCCUGCUUUUCUGAAGAAUAAAAUCUUAAAUUGUCCUGGGCUCAAGCAGUAAAGGAUAAAUUCAUUCACUGGCUGACUUGUCAUCUCACCAUUGUGAUGGAAAAAUGCUCCCUUAAAAUAAACCCUUUUUAUGCCACUAAACCUGCCUUUGAAUACAAGAUCUGUUGCGAUUUUUAAAACACAAACCCAAUAAUGUCAGAACCCGACCCUUCGUCUGGAUUUGUGGGAAACAUGGAAAAUGGGACUUUCCUGGAGCUGUAUCCCACAUCCCUUUCAACUUCAGUGGAUUCAUCUCCCGGCCGUUUAUCCAACGUCUAUGUCUAUGUUUCUAUAUUCCUUAGUCUCCUAGCUUUUCUCCUUUUGCUACUCAUCAUUGCACUUCAGAGGCUGAAAAACAUAAUUUCUUCCAGUUCCUCCUACCCGGAAUACAAUAGUGACGCUGGAAGCUCCUUCACUAAUUUAGAGGUUUGUAGUAUUUCUUCCCAGCGCUCUGCUCUCUCAAACCUUUCUUCAUGAAAAUAAAUGAAAGGAAACACACAGGGAAUGGAAGAGCUUUGUCUAGCUUCUUGGAGAAGUAGUGCAUGUAACAUUUGCCUUAGAAGACUACUAUCAAGAGGUGUUUUUAAAAGUUUCCUUGUUUUUUUCCCCUUUAACUAAUUUUCAUUUUGGACAAUGGAUAAUGAUACCUGAUCAUCAUUUCUUGCCUGUAAUAGUGAUGCUGUCUCUUUCUCACACAUAGACAGUGUUCAUUGAGAGUAUUCCUGCCAUAUUGUAAUACAGUUCUAACUGGAUGUGUCAUUUCUCUGCUCUAAUUGUGACCCCUUCCCUGUUCUUGUGUCAGCAAUAUGCUGACUAUUUUUCUUUUCCUUUUUUUAAUUAUAUAAGGACUUCUGGAUGAAAUCCCUAUUGCUAAAGUACAAAAAAUUCUGCUUAAAUUAUAAAUAUUGGGACAAUUUAAAGUUGUUGAUUAUUUCCUUUCUUACUUUUUAAUUUUCACAUAUUUUUCAGUAUUUAUUGAUGUUUAUAAAACACAACUAAUUCUUGAAGAAUGUUGUUUUUGUUUAUUUGUACUCCUGUCUUGUUCUGUAUGAAGUCUGUAUUUCAGUUUUUGAGUCUCUUUGGUUAACUUAGUAAAGCGACUACAGUAACAAUGCUCAUGGUUGAAGGUGUGGAGGUAUUUUUGCAGUUGCAUCCCAUUAUCUCAUUUGUCUAAUGACAUGUUCCUCCAGGGGGCAGCUUUUGCUGCUGAAUCAUAAAUACCACACAACUCCUUAUUGUUCACUGGUACUGCAGCUUAUUCUCACUGGAUGCCAGGACAAUCCAGUGGUUUCUUGUAACAGACCUGCAUUCAACAAAUACAAGGAGCAAGUGAAGAGCUCCUAAACCGUCCUUUGGGCACAUGAUGUUUGUACUCAGGUGGGCAGGGCCAGCAGGGACAGAAAUUGUUUGUACUGGUGAGGACAUCCUGGGCCGGGCUUUGUCCUGUGGUUUCAGAAAUGCACAGUGGGUGGAGUGGGAUACACAGGGAUCUGUACAAGGGCCAGGAGACCUGUGCUCUGACCUGCAGGAAGUGCAAGGUGUACCUGCAGAGGGUAGGAGGGGAUGGGCAGGAAAAAUGGCAGCAGCUCUGCCAUCCUUCCCCACCAGCAUAAGGAAAGGCCAGUGAGAGGGGAAGAGAAAUGGAUUCACAAUCUCACUCCUCUUUGCCAUGCCGUUUUCUGGGUUAUCAUUUCCCCUGCUCAAAAUGUAAAUGUCACUCAAUUUCUGCAGUAAAAUAAUAAGCAGCUUUGUGAACUGGGUCCUGUGGUCGGCUGGGUUUUAAACCAAGCCAAACAUUCAAAUUAGUGAAAUGCCAAGUGUGACCUAAUAGAACUGCAACCCCAGACUGGUGCAAUGCCUUGUUGUCCUUACUGCACUGUGUGAGCACAGCUCUGUCCUGCCACCCAAGCCCAUGCAAAUUUUGCUCUCAUGGCUGGAUCCAAGUCACUGGAGAGACCUAAGAAAUGGCAUUGUCACUGCCAUUUGUGUUACUGACGUAACACAGGCAUAACUCUGGGAGAUGGGAUGAUCUCAGCAGCAGCAGCUGCUCUCCCCCACAUGGCACCACUGCCCAGCAGGCCAAGGGGUUAGGGAACACUUCCCAAACACAUUUACACCUCUUGCCAAGCUGUCCAUGCACUCAUAAACAAGACAGACUCUGCCAUUAACUACACAGGCUUUAAAAUACAAAUUUGGAAAAUUGGAAAGUCUGGUGUAAAUAUCAUCAUUAGAAAUGCAGCUGCUGUUGCCAAAUAAUACAGAUGAUGCUGGAGUUGGUAUUCUCAAUUUUUAAAAGUAGACAUGUGGUAUGGUAAGUGGGAAUGACUUAUGGUGGUCAUUAGUUCCUUACAGAGGCCAAAGGACUUGCUGACUAAUAAUGAAUGUAAGCCUGCAGAUUCUGUGAGCCAAAUUCAUUUGAUGAACAUAUUUACAGCUUGGAAUAUUUUAUUCAUCCAGACAAAAGUUUUUGCAUGUCACUUUUCACUGUAUUUGACAAUUGGCCUUGAAAAAAGAGGGAGCUGUUUAAAAGGGAUCAAGAAAAAUCAUUUCCCUUCUGAAAGCUCUUUGAAAUCCUAAACCUGUAACAGAAUGUAUUCAAUGUAUGUUGACUGGUAGAAAUAAAUGAGCUGUAAAUCAAGACAGA